AUGAAUAUCUACAAUGCUCAAUCAAGAAAAACAGAUAAUCAAAUAAAAGCAAAAGGAUUACAAAAAGUUAAAUAUUAUUGCCAAAUGUGUCAAAAACAAUGUCGUGAUGCAAAUGGAUUUAAAUGUCAUUGUGAAACUGAAGGUCAUAGAAGGAUGAUGGAAUUAUAUGCUUCUGAUCCAAUGAAAUACCAAAAAGAUUUCUCUAAUCAAUUUCAAAAUGGGUUUAUUAGAAUAUUACAAACACAAUAUAAAAGAAAACAAGUAAAUGCAAAUAUUAUUUAUAAUGAAUAUAUUCAAGACAAAAAUCAUAUUCAUAUGAAUUCUACGCAAUGGACUUCUUUAUCAGGAUUUGUUAGAUAUUUAGAGACAAAAGGAAUUAUUGAAUUAGAAGAAAAAGAUGAAGGACUUUUUAUUAAAUUAAUUGAACCAGAAGAUGAUAAUGACGAACCUUUAAAUAAUGAAGAUGAAAGAGAUGAAUUAAAAGAAGUACUUGAUUCAAUAGUAAAACAAAAUAAAUUGUAUGGAAUAAAUGAACAAAAUAUAAAUGAUACAAUAGUUAAAGAAAAAAAACCAAUAUUUAAUAAAUUUAAUAAAAAAGAAAAGAAAAUUAGCAAAACAAUUGUGUUUGAUGAUGAAGACUUAUUUAAAAAAAGUGCAAAUAACCAGAAAAAAAAGAAAACGCCAAUUACAAAUCCAAACCAAAUGGGUUUUCAAUAA